CUGCCUUUAUAUAAAUAUGCUUCAUUUGAUCCGCUUUUCUCGCUUCCACUUCAGAAUCUCUCUCUUUCUGACAUUUUUCUUUUCUCUCUAUAUAACAAACAAUCUUUUAUUUCCUUUCUCUUUACUCCAAAUUGAAAGAGCUAAGUAAAGAGAGAAAAGUUUUGCUGAUUAUGGGGAAGCAAAGGUAUUGGAGUGGACAUGGAACGACUAAGACAACGCCUUCAUCUUCCAUUAAAAGAGUAUUCAAAAAUGAUUUGGAUAAUGAAGCUUCUUCUUCUUCGUCUUCUUCUUCUUCUUCAACUUCUGCUGGUUGUAUGUGUGCUGUUUUUCAGCUCUUUGAUUUUCAUCCUUUAAACCACCUCUCUUCUCAAUCCUCUGCCUCUCUCAACCAGCAAUCCGACCAUCGUGUUUCUAAAGGUACUGAAGCACCACGGAACAGUUUGGAAUCGGAGGAAGAAUUACAUGUUUCUGAUCCAUUGCCAAGUAAGACUCCAAAGAAGAAAGAAAAUCAAGAUGCUCUACAUUUUCCAAAGGGUAUUGUUCAAAUCAAAACCAAAAGUAAUGGAAUGAACAAUAAUUUGUCAACCGGGAAUGACUCUCCAAGCACCAAGACACCAACUUUAGUAGCGAGAUUAAUGGGUUUGGAUAUUCUUCCAGAAUCCAACUCUAGUCCUUAUUCUUCAACCACACCCAAAAGUUCAAAGAUGACCACAAAAUUAAAAAGUGGGUCUCGUUCUUUACCAGAAACUCCAAGAUCAUCUUGUGAAAGGAAAUCAAAUGUGGAUAAUUAUCACCACCGUUUCUCACUUCAAAUCCCCAAUAAUUAUGACCAUAAAGAGAACAAUGCAAUUCCAAAUCCAAAUCCAAAUACAAGUAGUACUACUCCAACCCAUGCUGCUAAAGAGAUAGUAAAGCAAAUGAAAGAAAGUGUGAGUAGAAGAAAAGAAGCUGCUCUCAUUGAUAUCACCAAUCUUAAUUACAAUAAUACAAGAAGAGAUCAAGAUAUGAUCAUUAAUUACCAAACCAAACCCAAAAACCAAACAAGACAGAGAGUAGUGUUGGAGCCAAAAGUUGAAGCCAUUAAAGAAGCUGUGGAUUUAGAGACGACCAUGAAGGUAAAGAAGCCGAAGGGUGUGAAGACGACGACGACAAAGGUUGCGGUGUCGAAGAAGGGUAAUAAGAAAGAGGAGACAUUUGUAGUUUCAUCAAGAAUCACAAAAGCAGCCAUUGAUGCUCCUCUUAAGAAAACGCCAUUGUCCAAUCAGCUUUUGAACUUCGGUUCUGUUCCCACUACCAUUCUCAUCAACAAAAAUCCUCCAUUUUCCUCAUCCAUUAAACCAACUCAAAUCCAGGCAGCGUGCAAACGGAAUCAAGGUACGGAUGAGACAAGCGAUAAAGAAUCAAAACGAUACUUCCAAUCACCUAACCACCAACACUCCCUCAUCCAAUUACCACCCAAAAAAGACGGCAACGACCCCAAACAUCACAUCAUAACCACCGUCGCCGCCGCCGCCAAUUGUAAUGACAGCCAUGAGAUCACGGCAGAGGUAGAUUACGUCAGACAAAUACUCCUCCGCCGUAGUACUACUUCCUCUUCAAUAUACUCCUCCGUUUUCCUCGAAAAUGUAAAUUACAAAAAUGGCCACAAUUACAAAAUUUCAAUUCCCCAUAGAAAAUUACUGUGCCACUUGGUGGAGGAGUUAUUGAAGCCACAUCUGGAACUUGGGCCAUACUACCGGGAGGCAGGGUCGGGGUGGGCGGAGGUGGGGGAGAAAUUGUGUGAGAAAGUGAGGAAAAUGCCACGUGCGAAGUGUGAGGUGUUGGAGGACAUAGAUGGAAUAAUAGAAAAGGAUAUGGGCAUUGUGGGAAUUGGAUAUGAGGAGGAGGGUGAGGGGAUAGUGAAAGAGAUCGAGGAGUGGAUGGUGGAGGAACUUUUGAAGGAAACGGUGCGUUUUGUGGAGACAGAGAUGGCAGGAGAAUCACGUGGGAGAUGCCACAUGGAAGUAUUGGGACCCACAUAGCUGGGGUGAAGGUGCAGCGUUGGUGUUACACGUGGAAUUUGUUGACCCACGAGACAAACACUCCGAUUUUUCGCUUAUGAAAAGACAGUAUUUUUGGCAGAGGAAUCCCUGUCCCUUUCCCUUCCCUUCCCCUUCCCCUUCCCCUUCCCCUUCCCUCCAUUUUUCUGUACAAAUUUUCGUAUUUUCUCUUCCAUUUCCCCCCAGAAAAAUUUGUUUAUUUUUAUCUAGUGAAUUUGAGAUAGAGAGGAAAAUAUUUAUAUCCUAUAUCAUCAAAAUUAAUAGUGUAAAUUAAUAUUUUAAAUCACUGUUUUAUUCAUCCCA